AUGGAAAAACAAGUAACUUUAUCUCCUAAAAAUUCUGACUGUCUUGCGAUAAAUGAAAAAGUUUUUAAUAUUAUACCAGAGGCACUUAAAACAUACUUAAGCACAGAUUCAGUGUCUUGCAAUAAUGAAGAGGAGGUUCAGAACUAUCCAUUUAAAUUCAUAAACUCACUCACUCCAUUGGGUAUGCCUCCUCAUCGCCUCAACAUAAAAGUAGGGGCUAUUGUAAUGCUUGCAAGAAAUCUUUCAAUUAGUCAAGGAUUAUGUAAUGGAACUCGUAUGAAAGUGCAAAGACUUCAUGAACAUUGUGUAGAGGCAUCAUUGGUAACAGGCUCAAACAGAGGUCGUACAGUUCUAAUUUCCAGAAUUAAACUUAGCCCAAGUGAUGCAAAUAUUCCAUUCACACUAAACAGACUUCAGUUUCCACUUCAACUUGCAUAUUCAAUGACAAUUAAUAAGACUCAAGGGCAAACAUUUGGAAAAGGUGGAAUACAUUUGCCUCAACCGGUAUUUUCACAUGGCCACUUAUAUGUUGCAUUUUCAAGAGCAUGA